AAAACUCUUCAAAGAGUUCUGAGCUCCUGCUUUCAGGGAGUGCGCAUGCAGGAGAGCUUGGAGGAGGAGGAAGAGGAGGAGGAAGAGGACAGGACAUGAGAAACUGCGAGCAGAAACCAAAACAAAGUCAGAGGCUGAGUUCUGUCAGGGAAUGAGGCGGAAUGGUUCUCCAGCCGAGCUGCACAUGUGAGCCCGGGGGCCACCGGUAGCGUCUCUCUGCCUUCACACGGACACACGGGGGUAGAGAAGAGAGGCGGCAAGAGAGAAGAGGUCAAAGUUGAAGCGUGCUGUCACCUCCAACAUGAAGGUCUUUGGGCCGGUUUUCAGCUGGGUGCUGCUGAGCGGGGUCCUCCUACAGGCUGUGGCACCCUGGGGUGCAGCGCGCCCGGGCAAAGCGAGGCACUGCGACGCACCAAAGACGCAAAGGGACUUCAAUUCUUUCCUGUGGAGAGUAAACCGAAUGCCUCCUCACCCGCCUGCUUACUUGUUUGGUACCAUCCACGUGCCCUACACCCGAGUCUGGGACUUCAUCCCUAACAGCUCCAAACAGGCUUUCCACAGCAGCAAGAAUGUUUUCUUUGAGCUGGACCUGACAGACCCACUGACCAUCUCCAAACUGACCAGCUGCCAGCUGCUUCCCCAUGGAGAGAACCUGCAGACCCUGCUACCUCCAGACCUAUACUGUCGCCUCAAACGCCACCUGGACUACGUCAAGCACAUGAUGCCCUACUGGAUGACGGCUGACCAGAGAGGCCGGGGCCUGUAUGCUGACUACUUGUUUAACGCUAUUGCAGGGAACUGGGAGAGGAAGAGGCCGGUGUGGGUGAUGCUGAUGGUCAACUCACUGACGGAAUGGGACGUGCGGUCCAGAGGGACACCGGUGUUGGACUUGUUUUUGGCUCAAGAGGCAGAGCGAAUGGGAAAAACGACAGGGGCAGUGGAGCGGGUGGAGGAGCAGUGUCACCCCUUGAAUGGACUAAACUUCUCUCAGGUAUUGUUUGCUUUGAACCAGACGCUGCUGCAGCAUGAGAGUGUCCGAGCAGGCAGCCUGCAGGGCUCCUACACCACUGAAGAUCUCAUCACACACUACAACUGUGGAGACCUCAGCUCCAUCAUCUUCAACCAUGACACCUCACAGCUUCCUCACUUCAUCAACAGAUCCCUCCCAGUACACGACCGUCUGACAGCCCAGCAGAUUGACAGCUACUUCCGCCACGAGCUCAUCUAUAAACGCAACGAGCGAAUGGCGCAACGUGUGUCCACACUGUUGCAGAGGAAUCCC